GCGUCCGGAACCUUUAAGCUGUGUUUUCUGCCCGGAAGUGCUGAAACGGACACCGGAAGUCCUUUGCCCAGAGGUUCCGGGUUUCCUGGGCUACUACGAUGGCGAUGAGUUUCGAGUGGCCGUGGCAAUAUCGCUUCCCUCCCUUCUUUACGUUACAACCCAACAUGGACACUCGGCAGAAGCAGCUGGCCGCCUGGUGCUCGCUCGUCCUGUCCUUCUGCCGCCUGCACAAACAGUCCAGCAUGACGGUGAUGGAAGCUCAGGAGAGCCCGCUCUUCAACAAUGUGAAGCUGCAGCGGAAACUCCCUGUGGAAUCAAUACAGAUUGUAUUAGAGGAACUGAGAAAGAAAGGGAACCUUGAAUGGUUGGAUAAGAACAAGUCUAGCUUCCUGAUCAUGUGGCGGAGGCCAGAGGAGUGGGGAAAACUCAUCUAUCAGUGGGUUUCCAGGAGUGGCCAGAACAACUCCGUGUUCACUCUGUAUGAACUGACUUGUGGGGAAGACACAGAGGAUGAGGGAUCACCAAAAGUUCCAGUCUCAACUAGGAAAGAAGGGUGCCUCCUCUUUCUGCCAGAGUUCCAUGGGCUGGAUGAGGCAACUUUACUUCGGGCUCUGCAGGCCCUACAGCAGGAGCACAAGGCUGAGAUCAUCACUGUCAGCGAUGGCCGAGGCGUCAAGUUCUUCUAGAGCCGUUGACUUCUUCUAGCGGAGAAGACCUGUCUCCCUUUACUUACCUCCCACUCUGCUAGGGCUUUUACAAGGAGACAGACCCAGCGUCCCCACAGACUGGAUCUGUGACUCCACCAGACUCAAAAGGGCUCCAUUCCAGGGAUGGGUUUCCCACUCACCCCAUGUGUCUGCCCAUGGGGUAGGCAGGGUGAGACUGAGGUUCCAGGGAGAAAAAAACUAACCUCUCUUUGUCCUACCUCUACUCCCCUCCUAUAUCAUCCCUGAGCCAGGGUCUGUAAACCUAACACAUCACAUGUGUUCACACACAAGUUUAUACACGCCUGCAGAAGCUUCUGUCUCUUCCCUCUCCCACCCCCUUAGCUGCUGUUAACUUCCUUCACAGUCUGGUGCUGGAUCCUUUCUAGGGGAUGGGGGAAGCCCUGGCUGCAGGCAGCCUCCCAGGCAAUCUGAAGAGGCUCAGGAAGAGCCUGGCAGUAAGAGGUGCGGCCGUACACUGAUUUAUGAUAUUAAAAAGCUCAACCCCA